UAUAUAAUAAAUCGAUCUCACCAUGAAGUGGAUGUGCUGUGCUAGUGUUGUGAUUACACUCCUGCCCCUCGUACUCCUCCCCCAGCCCACUGCCGCCCAGUUCAAUCAGCGCAGGCAAGUUCGCCAGAACUGCAUCACCCCCGAGAACUAUUAUGGGAGUUGUGUGGCCCUGACCUACUGUCCCCAGGUGGUGAACAUCUUCCAGACCACAAGCAGGGAUCGGGCCCAACGCUAUGUUAUCGCCCUGCAGCGCAGCUGUGGCACCCGGAACAUCAACGGGGAUCCGGUGAUCUGCUGCACAGAACCCAGAUAUGACCCGGUCACAGAGCGACCUCGGAACCCCUUCUUCCCCACAGAGAAACCGUUUAUUGGUCCCCAGCCCCCGCCGGAAGUCCCCGACAAUCCCUUCCUGAUCCCUAACACCCCGAGGACCACGACUACGACCACGACAACCACAACGACUACAACUCCAGCUCCCAUUCCAGUUACCUCAUCCGAACCCUUGGUGGAACAACGGGGUCUCUCGUGCCGUGGACCAGACACCAAGCCCGGAAAUUGUGUGGAACUCAAGGAGUGUGCAUCGCUGUUAAAUCAGUUGCGGGUGAAGCAGCGGGACGAGACCUUCGCCAAUUUCUUGCGGGCCUCCAGAUUAACUUGCGGCAACCAGGGCACCCAGGUGUGCUGUCCCAAUGGACUGACGGUCACCACUCCGUCUCCCAUUAUUCCCAAGAACACGAACGAAAUACCUCGCCGGCUGCCCAAUGUGGAGGAAGGAUGCGGCUCAACGCUUGGAUAUUACAAGAAGAUCGUGGGCGGCGAGGUGAGCCGGAAGGGGGCGUGGCCCUGGAUCGCACUGCUAGGAUAUGACGAUCCCUCCGGAUCGCCGUUCAAGUGCGGAGGAACCCUGAUCACCGCCAGACACGUGAUCACGGCGGCCCAUUGCAUCAGGGACGAUUUGCAAUUUGUCCGUUUGGGAGAACAUGAUCUGUCCACGGACACGGAGACUCCCCAUGUAGACAUCAAUAUUGCAAGAUACGUGUCACAUCCGGAGUACAAUCGCAAAAAUGGACGCAGUGACAUGGCCAUCCUUUAUCUGGAACGGAACGUGGAGUUCAACUCCAAGAUAGCGCCCAUCUGCCUGCCACACACGCCCAGUCUACGCCAGAAGUCAUACGUGGGCUAUAUGCCCUUCGUCGCCGGAUGGGGAAAGACGAUGGAGGGCGGAGAGUCGGCGACCGUGCUGAACGAGCUCCAAAUCCCCAUCUACGAGAACGGGGUGUGCAUCCAGAGCUACGCGAAGGAGAAGCGAUACUUCUCCGCCGAUCAGUUCGACAGUGCCGUCCUCUGCGCCGGCGUUCUUUCCGGAGGAAAGGAUACGUGCCAGGGCGACUCCGGCGGUCCGCUGAUGGUGCCGGAGGGCGGUACUCCGGGUUUGCGGUUCUAUCUGAUCGGCGUGGUGUCCUACGGCAUCGGGUGUGCCCGACCAAAUGUGCCGGGGGUUUACUCUAGCACACAGUACUUUAUGGACUGGAUCAUCGCACAGGUCCAGCAGACACCCUGAUUUGCCAUCGCCUACAUGUUGCACCUAGGUCAUAAGAACCCAAACUUAAUCUAAGCCCCUAAUCAGAACAUAACGAUUGAUUUAAGUUUUGACAUCUGAUUAACUAUGGAUUAUGAAAAAUAAAAAUAUUUAUUACAAAUCUAA